AAUGGAUGAGCCUCAGCAGGAUGAGCCAUCUCAGCGGGAUUUCGCGAUCACAGCUAUCUUUGUCGUUGUGAUAUUCUUUAUGAGGAGCAUCAUGUGUUUGGCAACUAUGAUUGCUGCCAUUGUUGUCGGAGCAAUGAAUCUGAACACCUGUCCUAUUCAGCCAUACAUCCCCAUCUACCUGAUCGUGUUUGGAGUGAUCAACAUCCUCUGGCUGUCUAUGAUCUUCAGCAAGAGCAAGGAGGGAAGCAACAAUAGAUCCACAUGCUUGAUUAUCCUCCUGGACACCUUCAGUCUCUGCUGGAUUAUUGCAGGUAGCUGCUGGAUCUACUCCAUUUAUCCUCCCAGCUAUGAAUCUGGAGUAGACACAUACAUAUAGCCAUCCUGAUUGUCUAUGUUUGUUGCGUUUCUGUGCUGGCCUGCUGUGUAACUGCAUUUGCAAUUAGCAGUCCAAUACCCAGCCUUUACUCUU